AUGGUGACCGGGCUGGCAGUUGCCUUCCUCUCCCUGACCUGGAUUACUUACCAGAGCCUGGCCAUCCCCCGGAUUGCAGAAUGUGGCCUCUCCUGUUCUCAGGGCUUCGCCUGCAGGAGCCUCAUGAACUGGAACGUUUUCAACAGCUUCUGCCGGCAACCCCCCACAUCCAUGUCCAGGUCGCUCCUGGAGACCCUGACGCUCUCCACCGCCAUGAAGUGUGCCCCCCACGAUGGCUGCUCCCUGCUCCUGCGCGUGCAUGCCUCCCUCACGCUGCAUGAGAGCCUGCGGGGCCUGGAGGCCUGUUCCAUGAGCCUCGACACCCAGGAGACACAGUGUCAGAGCAUGCAGGUCUCUAGGGCCUCCCGCCAUCUGCAAGUGGGGCAGCAGCUCCAGGUGCACUUUGACUGCUUCGAGGUGAGCGUGGCCCAGAGCCUCUAUGUCACCCUGAGGACUGUUCCCCACUUCUGCGGGGUCCAGCUAGACCAACAGUACCACGUGGAAGCCUGCAGAGAUGAGGACGUGAGGAGGAACAUGCCGGACUGCUUUGCCCAGAAGCUCUCCUACUGGGUGGACCGCAGCCGCAAGGUGGUUCGGGUACAGGUACCCGAAGCCCCGGGGGGCCCCGACUACUAUGUGCGGCUCUGCCUCAAGCGGUUCACCUGCGAGGAUGCCGGCGCCCACGUGCUGGUGACAGCCAACAGGGUCUCCCAGAACAUCUCUCUGCCCUACAGCCGAGAGCUGCCGUGUCUGUGCCUUGAGGGCUGGUCUGCGACCCCCGAUGCAGUGCGGACCCAGACCUGCCCCUUUGAAGAUGACAUGGAGGCACUGUGGGACGCCAUCCACUACCACCCGGGGAGCCAGGCGCUGAGCUGGGAGCCUGCCUGUCCCGUGAGCGGCCACGUGAGCCUGUGCUGGCGCCCAGGGCCAGGGGCCCACUGCCACGAGCUGGAGCACUCGGGCCAGUCUGCGCAUGGCAGGGUGCAGUACUCGCUGGUGGACACACAGCCCCAGCUCUGCCUGAAGUUCUCCACCAGCCUCAGCUUCUGGGUGAGGUGCCCAUUCGAACAGCAGCACUUCCCAGCCUGGAAGAUGAUUGUCCAGCCGGCGUCCUCUCCGAGCCACCUCCGGGUCACCUUCUUCUCGCCCAGCCCUGCCCGCUUCCAGGUGCACCUGUGUCACGGAAGGAAGACAUGGCCACCUGCCUGCCGCCCAGUGCUCCAGGCCACCCCCCUCCCUCCAACCUCUGGUGACCUCACAGCUGACCCUGCGGUUGCCUUUGUGGAGAUUCCUGGGAAUGAGGCCUGUGUGCCUGGCACCUGCAUCCAGGGCUGGAGAACGGAUGUGAACUUCUCCGCCCCCCAGCAGCUGUGUGACCUCCAGUGCACAGAGCUUUUCAGCCAAGUCUGGGUCCCAUUCCCCAGCAAAGGUCACCUCCGCAGCUCACAGGCCAAAGGGCUGCCACCCAGGGGACAGCAGAGUGAGGCCGGCUGUCUCAUCAAGAACAAAAAAGUGCCAGAGCUGGACUGCUGGGCUGUCGCAGGGGGCCAGCUCACAUCGGGGCACCCCAAGCUUCUGACAGCGAAGGCCAAGCCUCAGGGUGUGGGAGUUGUCUCACCUGGCCCCUGGUGUGGGACCCAGGCACCUUCCAGCUACCCAGAGGCCUGCAGUUCCAUGGAGGCCCUCAAGCUGGCCUUCAGCCCUUUCCUGAACCCCCUGGAUGGCCCGGACCCUGACUUGCCCUAUCUCAGCUUGGUCCAGGCUCUCUCUGGACGACCCGUGGUCACAGACACUGUCCCUGGCCCUGAGGACAAGGGCUUGGCCCCUGCCCCCUGGCUGCCAGAGCCCAGGGCUCUGGCGUGCAGGGUGUGA